GGAGCUGCCUUGGGGUGAGAAUGAGAACAGCAUGUCCAAGACAGUGGCUUACUCCUUCAGCUUGGGCUAUGCAGUGAAAAAGAUACUUGUCAUGAAGCCAAGGUCUAACUCAACCAAGCUCAGCUAAAUCCAGCAGGGCCACCACCCUCGUGAACUUGAGCAAAAUCUAAGAAGCCCAGCAGAAGAUGACAUCUUGGGAGAUUUAAAGAACUAAGAAGAGAUUGUAACUGUUCACCACAGAUGGCGGAGUACGACUUGACUACUCGCAUCGCGCACUUUUUGGAUCGGCACCUGGUCUUUCCGCUCCUUGAGUUUCUGUCCGUAAAGGAGAUAUAUAAUGAAAAAGAAUUGUUACAAGGGAAGUUGGAUCUUCUUAGUGAUACCAACAUGGUAGACUUUGCUAUGGAUGUAUACAAAAACCUUUAUUCUGAUGAUAUUCCUCAUGCUUUGAGAGAAAAAAGAACCACAGUUGUUGCACAACUGAAACAGCUUCAGGCAGAAACAGAACCAAUUGUGAAGAUGUUUGAAGAUCCAGAAACUACAAGACAAAUGCAGUCAACCAGGGAUGGUCGGAUGCUGUUUGACUACCUAGCAGACAAGCAUGGUUUUAGGCAGGAAUAUUUAGAUACACUCUACAGAUAUGCGAAAUUCCAAUAUGAAUGUGGGAAUUACUCAGGAGCAGCAGAAUAUCUUUAUUUUUUUAGAGUGUUGGUUCCAGCAACAGAUAGAAAUGCUUUAAGUUCACUCUGGGGAAAACUGGCAUCUGAAAUCUUAAUGCAGAAUUGGGAUGCAGCCAUGGAAGACCUCACAAGGCUAAAGGAGACCAUAGAUAAUAACUCUGUGAGUUCUCCACUCCAGUCUCUUCAGCAGCGAACAUGGCUCAUUCAUUGGUCACUGUUUGUUUUCUUCAACCACCCCAAAGGUCGUGAUAAUAUUAUCGAUCUCUUCCUUUACCAACCACAGUAUCUUAAUGCAAUUCAGACAAUGUGUCCACAUAUUCUUCGUUAUUUGACUACAGCAGUCAUAACAAACAAGGAUGUUCGAAAACGCCGGCAAGUGCUAAAAGACUUAGUCAAGGUUAUUCAACAGGAGUCUUACACAUAUAAAGACCCAAUUACAGAAUUCGUUGAAUGCUUGUAUGUUAACUUUGACUUUGAUGGGGCUCAGAAAAAACUGAGGGAAUGUGAGUCAGUACUUGUGAAUGACUUCUUCUUGGUGGCUUGUCUUGAGGAUUUCAUUGAAAAUGCCCGUCUCUUCAUAUUUGAGACUUUUUGUCGCAUCCACCAGUGUAUUAGCAUUAACAUGUUGGCAGAUAAACUGAACAUGACUCCUGAAGAAGCUGAAAGGUGGAUUGUGAAUUUGAUCAGAAAUGCAAGACUGGAUGCCAAGAUUGAUUCUAAAUUAGGGCAUGUGGUUAUGGGUAACAAUGCAGUCUCACCCUAUCAGCAAGUGAUUGAAAAGACCAAAAGCCUUUCCUUUAGAAGCCAGAUACUGGCCAUGAAUAUUGAGAAGAAACUUAAUCAGAAUAGUAGGUCAGAGGCUCCUAACUGGGCAACUCAAGACUCUGGCUUCUACUGAAAAACUGUAAAGAAAAGAUGAAAAAACUAUAAAAGAAAGAUGAAAUAUUAAAACCAUUAUAAUGAAGGGUAACAUACAUUUUAGAAAUAAUUAAAUAUUGAAUAUAAAUUUUGGAGAAUUUGAAUAAAAUUGGCAAUGGUG